GCUGGUUCACUUCCUGUAGGGACUGAAAAACAAGUGAGGAGUUGAAGGAUUGCACCGUACCACAUCAGAGAAUACAGAGAGAGGAUAGACACCACAUAUAGAUCCUGACCAUCACCCAGGCAACAACUGCACAACUGUGGGAAGACAUCCAGCCCCUUCACUGCAUUGCACAACACAGAGAAGGUUGGGCAGUGAAACCAUCAUCUGGAAAUCGUUUGGGUCAGGGGAGUUUUGACAUAUCAUCAGAUCUGAAACUGGUCAGUGGUGUGAAGCCUUUCAUUAGAACCAACCUUUAUGAAGGUUCGGCUGUGGGCGAUCAGUCAGGGUAAGGCUGGGAAGAAGUGUGAGUGGGUUCCGAGUGUGGUGAGAGCUUCAAUCAUUCAUCAAGCCUCAUGAACCACAGACUUAUUCCUACAGGUGAGAGGCUGUUCAAGUGUAAGGUGUGAGGAGGGCUCCACAGGCUCAUAAGAUCUCCUCAUCAGCAAGGUGCAUCUAGCCUACAACUGCUAACACAAGGAGGAGCUUCAUGGAAGAGAAACCAUUCAAGUGUGAGCUGUGUGAUCGAGCUUUCACACAGUCAUCGAUGCUUGUGAAUCACCGACGCAUUCACACAGGGGAGAAGCCGUUCAAGUGUGAGUUGUGUAACCAGGGCUUUGCACAGUUAUCAGGCCUGGUGAAUCACCGGCCCAUUCACACAGGGGAAAAACCAUUCACAUGUGAGCUGUGUGGCAAAUCCUUCUCGCGGUCAUCGACCCUCCUUGUUCAUCAAUGCAUUCACACAGGGGAGAAACCAUUCAGAUGCAAAAUGUGUAUCAAAUCAUUCUCUGAUUCAUCGACCCUCCGCAGACACCAACGCAUUCACACAGGGGAGAAACCAUUCAUAUGUGAGGUCUGUGACAAAUCAUUCUCAUCGUCAUCAGAUCUCCGCACACAUCAACGCAUUCACACCGGUGAGAAACUGUUCAAGUGCGAGGUGUGUGAUAAAUCAUUCUCAUCUUCAUCGGAUCUCCGCAUACACCAACGCAUUCACACCGGGGAGAAACCAUUCAAGUGCGAGGUGUGUGAUAAAUCAUUCUCGAAGUCAGGGAACCUCUGCACACACCACCGCACCCACACAGGGGAGAAACCGUUCAAGUGUAAGGUGUGUGACAAAUCAUUCUCUGACUCAUCGAGACUCCUGCUCCAUCAGAGGAUUCACACAGGGGAGAAACCAUUCAUGUGCAAGGUGUGUAACAAAUCAUUCUCGGUGUCAUCAAGCCUCCGUGUACACCACCGCAUUCACACUGGGGAGAAACCAUUCACGUGCAAUGUGUGCAACAAAUCAUUCUCGAGGUCGUGCAACCUCCGUGUCCAUCGAAGGAUCCAUUCAAGGGGAGUAACCCUUGACAUGUAAGGUUUGUGAUGAAGCUUUCAUGACGUCUUGGACUAUCCAGGACACCAGAGGAUUUACACAUGGGAAAAACUCUUCAGGUGCAAUGUUUGUGACAAGGCUUUCACCCACUCUUCCGAUCUCCUGAAGCACUAGUGGAUCCACACUGGAGAGAAACCAUUCAGGUGUGAGGUGUGUGACCUGCCUUUCACACAGUCAGUGUAUUCACACAGGGGAGAAACCCUACCAGUACAAGUUCUGUCAGAAAUCCUUCUCACAACUGUAGGACCUCCUGGAACAUCAGUGAACCCACACAGGAACUACCUGGUCAAGCUCUAGUCAAUCUGUCAUCAGAGCGUGAAUGUCUACAUAAUCUCACUGCAAAGGAUGUUCAGUGGGCACAGAACAAGAAGCAGCUUUCACUCACAUCAAACAACUAGUGACGACAACGCCAGUGCUGAGGUACGAUGAUGUCAAUGAUGAACUCACCCUGCAGUGAGAUGCCAGUGAAACAGGACUUGGAGCAACCCUCAUGCAACAAGGACAACCAGUUGUGUUUGUAUCCAGAGCAUUAAUACAAACUGAAUGAUGCUACACACAGAUUGAGAAAGAGAGCCUGGCUAUUGUCUUUGCUUGUGAGUAUUUCAACCAGUACCUGUUUGGGAGAGAGAAAGUGAUGGUGCAGUCUGACCACAAGACAUUUCAAAGCAUCUUUCUCAGACCGCUUCUAACUGCUCCAAAGCGUUUGCAAAAGAUAUUACUUCAUUUACAGAGAUGUCAUUUGUAAGUGAAGUACAAGCAAGAGAAGCAGAUGAACAUUGCCAACAUGCUGUCGAGAGCUGCACUCUCUUUGAAGAAAGUUGAUAAUGCUAAUACAGAGUGUGAAAUCUUCCAGUUUCAACAAGAAGCAACAGCACAACAUGCUCUGGAAGUCAUCAACCCAGCUGACAGUGAAUCUGAUAGACAAGCGUCUUGCUCAGAUCAAGAUAGCUACACAAUGAGAUACAACUCUUCAAAUGUUACAGUGAGUUGUUUUGAAAGGAUGGCCUGAAACUAUCAAGGACACACCUGUUCCGCUAAGAGAGUAUUGGUCAGACAGAGAUGAAAGGAUCGCCCAAGAUGGCAUCUUGCACAAAGGGACUCAGGUCAUUAUCCCUAAGGAGAUGAGAAAAGAGAUGCUGAAGCACAUCCACACAAACCAUCAAGAAAUCGAGUCUAGUCUGAGGGAGUGAAGAGAAGUGCUUUACUGGCCAAACGUGAGCAAUGAGAUUAAGGACCACAUCAGCCAGUGCGAUGUGUGUAAUGAAUAUCAAGCUAAGCAAGAUAAAGAGCUGGUCAUGACUCAUGAUGUCCCUGACAGACCAUGGAUGAAGCUUGGAGUAGACCUCUUCACUCUCACUGGAACUGAUUAUCCUGUCACAGUCGACUACUAUUCAGACUACUGGGAGUUAGACCAGCUGACAUCAACAACUACCAGUGAGAUUGUAGAAUGCCUGAAAGCACACUUCAGCCGUCAUGGCAUUCCUGACAUUGUGAUGAGUGACAUGGCCCUCAGUUCACGAGUAAAGAAUUCAGACAUUUGAUGAAUGAUUGGGAAAUUCAGCGCUACACAUCAUCUCCACACUAUCCCCAGUCAAAUGGAAAGGCUAAGACAGCAGUGAAACUGCCAAAGGGAUUAUCAAAAAAUGAACUAGACGCAGCACAGAUGUGUACAAGGCAAUCUUAGAGUGGAGAAACACACCUACUGAAGGCAUGGAAAGUUGUCCAGUCUAGUGACUAGUGUCACGCUGCACCAAGACCACUCUUCCAACAGCUAAAAAACUACUGAGGCCAGAAGUAGUAACAGGGAGUGAGUGACAAGAUCAAAGUGAAACGACAGAGAGACAAAUUUCACUUUAAUAAAGCUGCCAUAUCGUUGCCAGAGCUGAGAGUUGGAGAGCCGGUCAGAGUGAAAACAUUCAACACACUCAACAAAAGUCAGCUCACUUGGCAACUUGGGUCCUGUGUAGAGAAGUAAAGAUUGUGUGUGCAAUGAGUGUGUACGGACAGACGAAAUUGGAACUGGACUAUGCAUAUGGAGUAACUUGCAAACAACAGUGCAUACAUAAUUUUUUCUUUUUAUGAACAGAGAGAUGUUUGGAUAAAUCCCUUUUUACACUGUGGCUUCCCAUAUUAAUAUGACCUCUGAUGUCAUCAUAUGUAAAUAAAGGUUUGAGGGGAGUAACCAUUUUACACA